UUUCGCAUUGUGAUGACGUAAGGUGGCUUGAGACCAGGCAGCUGCUUUGUUACUUGUUACAGUCAGUCUCUUCAUUCCUUUUUUAUGUGAGUUAGUCAAACGUUAGUGAAAUGACUUUAGCAGGAGCGUGCAUAAGGCCGAUUGCAUUUAUCAAAUCCAAGGGUCAGACUUCUCUGUUGAAAACCUAUAUGUGUUUUUCAAGUGCGAUUACUGCUCAGCAGGGAAAAUCAGAUAAAAAAAACUGGACGCAAAAGCGCAAGAAGCAUGUGUUAAAUGCCCACCUGUCUUGGGAAGAAAAAUUGGCUGAUGCGGUCACGCCUUUAUGGAGACUCAGUUAUGAUGAUCAACUUGGGCUGAAACAGAAACACCAGGAAAGGAUACUGUCCCGACUUUCUGGCCAGCUUUCAAAGGGAACUUUGUCCCAACCACAGUCAUCACCUAUCGAUGGUAACCUCAGCUUCCCACUUCUGCCUAUUUUACCAUCACCAGUCAGGGAUGGCUACCGCAACAAAUCCACUUUUUCUGUCAACAUUGGAGUGGAUGGCAAUCCAAAGACAGUUGGGUUCUAUGUUGGCACAGGCAGGAAAAGAAACAUAUUUUGUUUCAGUGGAGACCAGCUCCUCAACAUGCCAGAGAAACACAAAUUGGUGGCCAGAUGUUACCAGGAUUUCAUCCGACUUUCUCCCCUGGAUCCCUGCCUCCUGUUCCACACCGGGGGUCACUGGAGAGAGGUCACAGUGAGGACAAAUGCAGAGGGCCACACAAUGGCCAUUGUGUACUUUCAUCCACAGACACUCACCCCAGCAGAGAUAGGGGUCCAUAAAGCGGACCUUCUUGAUUACUUCACUCAGGGCCCUGGGGCAGUCUGUGGGCUGGAUUCAUUGUACUUUCAGGAGAGCUCCAUGACUCGCACUAGUCAUGAGGAGUCCCCUUACCAGCUCCUUCAUGGCAAGCCACACAUAUACGAGGAGGUGCUGGGGUUCAAGUUUCGCAUCUCACCUGAUGCCUUUUUCCAAGUAAACCAGACAGCCGCUGAGGUACUCUAUAGCACAGUUAGAGACAUAUGUUUCCCAAACCCACAUAAAGGGGAAGGUAGAUCAAGGUUAGGAGGUACCCUCCUAGAUGUAUGCUGUGGGACAGGUGCCAUUGGAAUUACUCUGUCUCCGAUGGUAGACAAAGUCAUUGGCAUAGAGCUCAUAGAGCAAGCAGUGGAAGAUGCCAGACAUAACACAACAUUAAACACUAUAAUGAACUGCGAGUUCCUUGCUGGAAGAGCAGAGGUCAUCCUCCCGGACCUUUUGCCUCAGUUGAGCUCCUCAGAUGGAGAUCUCACAGCAGUGGUGAACCCGUCCCGAGCUGGCCUGCACUACCGCGUGAUCCGUGCUCUAAGAAACCAGUCUGAAAUUCGAAGACUUGUCUAUAUUUCGUGUAAACCAGAUGGAGAAGCCACGAGGAAUUUCAGAGAACUAUGUUGUGCUCCAAAUCCACAAAAGAAACUCAGAGGAGAGGCAUUUACCCUAAAUUUGGCUAUUCCUGUGGAUAUGUUCCCUCAUACUCCACAUUGUGAACUGGUGCUACUUUUUGAGAGAUAGUAGAUAUUUUCCCUGAAAAGGUAGCCUUUAAUGUAAGGUGUCAGUUGACUCGGUCUUUCUGUUCUGUGAGAAAAAAUGCUUUGUUAAAGUUGCCGU